UUCUCUGAAAGUUUCUAGAAGGUUCAACGGCGCCAUAGACGUAUGCAACGGCGCAAGAAGUGAAGCGACAACUAAACUAAACCAUCCUGAAGCUUUUUGUGAAGAGAAAGAAAGGAAGCUGAUGUGAGGACAAACUCAGGGCGGUUUAUCACGCGAGCUAGCUAGCUGGCUAACGGCUGAAAAAACGCUAGCUAGCUAACGUUAGGCAUAGAUAUGAACGUUAGGUUACAGCUGAAGGAAGAGGGUGACGUCACAGACGGGACGUUCAGUGUCAGCUUGGUGGAUUUUGGUGGAUUGGACUCUUCUGAGGAGAGCGAGGCUCUCCAGAUAUGACUGGACAGCUGGCUGCCAUGGAAACAAAGAGCCCUGACCGACCACAAUGUCAUCUACUGACUUCAGAUCAGAAGAUGAGUGAUGUGGAGGAAGAGGAGGACGGAGCAGAGUCUGUAGUAUCUGGCUGUCUGUCUAUGAAGAGUGACCGGUCCAAAGGUCUUCCUCUAGAGUUCAGUAAUGAACCUAGACGCUCAGACACAAGACUGACUUCAGAUCAGAAGAUGAGUGAUUUGCAGGAAGAGGAGGAUGGAGCAGAGUCUCUAGUAUCCGGCUGUCAGUCUAUGAAGAGUGACCAGUCCAAAGAUACGCCUAUGAAGUUCAGUAAUGAACCUGGACCCUCAGACACAAAAAAGAGAAGGAGUGAUGUUUCUAAGGAGCAGCCUUCCAGAUGCCGACCCAGAACUAGACUGCAGACAGCCGGUCAGACCAGCACUGUUCAAAUAAAUGUUGUGCAGCAUAAACAUAAGAUCAGUGUGAAGAGGAAAUGUGAACGUGUUACUGAAGGAGCUGAUACAACAAGUGGAACUCCCCUUAACAGGAUCUACAUUUCGCUCUACAUCACAGAGGGAUGGAGUGAAGAAGUUAAUACCCAACAUGAGGUUUGGCAGCUUGAGAAGAUGAAGACUUUCCAUGAAACUCCAAUCAGGUGCUGCAACAUCUUUAAAGCGUUAUCUGACCAACAGAAACACAUCAGAGUUGUUCUGAUGCUCGGUGUUGCUGGCGUUGGAAAAACCUUUUCAGUGCAGAAGUUCUGUCUGGACUGGGCCGAGGAUUUGGAAAACCAAGAUAUCAGUCUGGUGAUUCCUCUUUCCUUCAGGGAGCUGAACUUAGUCAAAGAUGAGCAGUACAGUCUUCUGGAGCUGCUCCAUGUUUUCCAUCCAACAUUACAGGAGGUCACAGCAGAGCAGCUCGCUGGCUCUAAAGUUCUCUUCAUCUUUGAUGGCCUGGAUGAAAGCAGACUUUACCUGGAUUUCAACAACAAUGAGGUUGUUUCGGAUGUCACACAAAAGUCAUCGGUCAAUGUGCUGUUGACAAACCUCAUUGAGGGGAAGCUGCUUCCCUUGGCUUUCAUCUGGACAACUUCCCGACCUACAGCAGCCAAUCAGAUCCCUCCUGCAUGUGUUGACAGGGUAACAGAAGUACAAGGCUUCACUGACGACCAGAAGGAGGAGUACUUCAGGAAGAGAGUCAGUGAUGAGAAGCUGUCCAGCAGAAUCAUCUCCCACAUCAAGACAUCCAGGAGCCUCCACAUCAUGUGUCUGAUCCCAGUCUUCUGCUGGAUCACUGCUACAGUUCUGGUCCACAUGUGGACUACAGACCAGAGAGGAGAGCUGCCCAAGACCCUGACUGACAUGUACUCACACUUCCUGCUGGUUCAGACAAAGAAGAAGAAGCAGAAGUAUGCAGAGGGACAUGAGACGAGUCCACAGGAGCUGAUGGAGGCUGACAGGGAAGUUCUUCUGAAGCUGGGGCAGCUGGCAUUUGAACAGCUGCAGAAAGGAAACAUCAUGUUCUACCAAGAAGACCUGGAGCGCUGUGGUCUGGAUGUCACAGAGGCCUCGCUGUACUCAGGAGUUUGUACACAGAUCUUCAAAAGAGAGAGUGUGAUCUUCCAGAAAACAGUCUACUGCUUCGUUCAUCUGAGCGUUCAGGAGUUUCUGGCUGCAGUCUACUUCCACCACUGUUACACCAACAGGAACACAAAGGUACUGGAGGACUUCCUGGGGAAGAUGUCUCUGGAUGUCUACUUGCAGAACGCAAUGGAGAAAUGCCUUGAAAGUAAGAAUGGCCACCUGGACCUAUUUGUCCGCUUCCUUCAUGGCCUCUCUCUGGAGUCCAACCAGAGACUCUUAGGAUGCCUGGUGGGUGAGACAGACAACAGUCCAGAAGUCAUUCAGAGAGUCAUCAACAACCUGAAGAAGAUGAACAGUGAUACGAUCUCUCCUGACAGAAGCAUCAACAUCUUCCACUGUCUGACGGAGAUGAACGACCACUCAGUCCAUCAGGAGAUCCAAGAGUUCCUGAAGUCAAAGAACAGAUCGAAGAAGAAACUCUCUGAGAUCCACUGCUCAGCUCUGGCCUACAUGCUGCAGAUGUCAGAGGAGGUUCUGGAUGAGUUGGACCUGAAGAAGUACAACACAACAGUGGAGGGACGACUGAGACUGAUUCCAGCUGUGAGGAACUGCAGAAAGGCUCUACUUUCAGGCUGUGGACUCUCUGAGGCUCACUGCAAAGUUGUGGCCUCAGCGCUGAAGUACAACCCCUCCCAUCUGAGAGAGCUGGACCUGAGUAAGAACAACCUGCAGGACUCAGGAGUGAAGCUUCUGUCAGCUGGAUUAAAGAGUCCAAACUGUCGACUGGAGACUUUGAGAAUGUAUCGCUGCAGUUUGUCAGCGAUCAGCUGUGCUUGUCUGGCCUCAGCUCUGAAGUCCAACCCUUCCCAUCUGAGUGAGCUGGACCUGGGUAACAACGUGCUGCAGGAUUCAGGAGUGAAGCUGCUGUGUGGUUUUCUGGAGAGUCCACAAUGUAGACUGAAGACUCUGGAAUUGUAUCACUGCAGUUUGUCAGAGAGCAGCAGUGCUUCUCUGGCCUCAGCGCUGAAGUCCAACCCCUCCCAUCUGAGGAAUCUGGAGCUGGGUCUCAACAAACUGCAGGAUUCAGGAGUGAAGCUGCUGUGUGGUUUUUUGGAGAGUCCACACUGUAAACUGGAAACUCUGAGUUUGAAUCGCUGCAGUUUGUCAGAGAUCAGCUGUGCUUCUCUGGCCUCAGCUCUGAUGUCCAACCCCUCCCAUCUGAGUGAGCUGUGGCUGUAUAACAACAACAACCUGAAGAAGUCAGAGGUGAAGCUGCUGUCUGACCUGAAGAAAAGUCCACAUUGUAGACUGGAUAUUCUGGGAUGGAAUUGGCAGUGGGGAUCUGUGUCAGAGUGAUCAGAAAGUUGUAUAGUGUUGGGACAUAAUGUGGAGUCCACCAUCAUCCCUGUGUGUUCCUCUGGAUCUGUCAGAGUAUCAUCAGAGUAUCUGGACCACUCUGUUGCUGCUCUGUCCUUCUACACAGUGUCUGCCGACACACUGAGACUCCUCCACUCCUGCUCCACCUUCAACCACCUCCUCCACCCUCCACCUGGAUCUGGGUUUCAUCUUCUCUUAAUUCAGUCAGAUGUUCUGAACCCAAAGUACCUCUGCAGAUUAGAUCUGUUUAUAAACAACUCUACAUUAACACAUUUAAAUAGAUAUGUCUGCUUUGCUUUCUGUUCCAUCCUGUGGAACAAUGCAGUAUUGCAGUUAAUUCCCACAUAUUUCUAAAUAAUAUAAGUUGAAAUUGCAUGUAUAAAGUUACUUAAUUACCACUAAUACCAGCCGAUUCCUACAUUAUAACAGAUACAUUUUUGCUUGUAACAAACAUAAGAUAAAACCUGAAUUGAAUCAAGACUACUGCAGUUUCUCAACCGACUACAAACGGAUUAUGUCUGGAUGUUGAUAAUUUAUUUUGGAAAUCAUUUUUGAUGUAAAGUAAUUAACAUGCGGACUGUAGAUUCCAUUAUUGAUUGUGUGUGUCUAUAAGAAAUAUUGCAAGUACACAGGAAAAUAAUCCUGACUCCAUUUUUGCUGUAAAUUUUUUUUUUUUUUCUACUUUGAAGAAUCUAAAAUAUAAGACAUGUUUUCAGAUA